AUGUACCUUGAUUGGAUGUUAUCCGAUAUGUUUCAACUUGAGGGUGUCCCCCCAACUGUUGGUGCAACAGUUUCAGCCGGUUCAAGCACCAGCUCUGCUGCUCAAACAUCAUCCUCGGUUGUAGCUUCAACUAGUGGGUCCACAUCCUCAACCAGUGCUGCUUUAGCAACUCCAAAGUUACCAUCUGAGAUCACUGGGAGAACAGUUGAGGAGAUUAUCAAGGAAUGGAAUGCUGAACUACAGGAACGCACAGGAAAGUUUCGGAAACAAGCUAAUGCUAUAGCUGAAUGGGAUCGUAAGAUUCUUCAGAAUCGUGAUAUUCUUCUCAAGCUUGAGAGUGAAGUUGCAACUGUGGUGGAGACACAAGGUAGAUUGGAGCGACAGCUCGAACUGAUUGAAACCCAUCAAGAUGAGGUUGACAAGGCCUUGCAGAGUAUGGAACAUGAAGUUGAGCGAAUGUACAGAGAGGAGCACGGACUGCUUCUGGAUGAUGAUGCUGCGUCCACAAGAGAUGCAAUGUACGAGCAAGCUGAAGUGAUGGAACGCGAGUUGGAGCACAUGACCGAACAAGUCAAAUCAAUCAUCAACACCCUGAAUGCUGCUCAGGGUGGAGAGCUUGAAGCCACUGAUGGAAUGACUCCAAUGGAUGUCGUCGUCAAAAUAUUGAACAACCAAUUAACCUCAUUGAUGUGGAUUGAUGAAAAGGCCGAGGAAUUCUCUUCACGUAUUCACAAGCUAGCCAGCCAAGGACCGGAUGCAGACCGUGAACUGAUUCGGCCAAGACCUUGGUUGAGCUGA